GGCAGCAGCAGCGGCAGCGGCAACAGCCGCCUUGUGGUGUACAGACACCUGACGAGCCGUUGGUUCGUGGCGUAUAAGCCACCGGGAUGGUCCGUGGGGCCCCAUCCGGAGGCCCCCAGUUUAGCGGAGGCUCUGCAAGACGCCUCAGACCGUCAUUUCCUGGCAGCUGCUGCCGCUGCUGCCGAAGUGGCUUCCGCUGCAGCACCCUCCGCACCGAGGGCAGCAGCAGCAGCAGCAGUGCUCGAGCACUCUCCCGCCAAGCUGCUUUUUUUCCCCCUUCCGGAGCUGCCUCUGGAAGCUCAAGGACUCACUCUGGUAGCCACGGACGAGUCAACCUUUCGCGGGGGUUGGUUUCUCGCGGCGAGCUGCAGCAGGAGUUUCGAGUACUGGCAAGCCUUAGAGAAGUGGCACCACCGAUGUUUCCCCAGCCCCCCCGAAGCGGCUCUGGAGGGCCUCUUCGAAGCCUCCCCUACUUCAGUCCUCCCCCGAGUGCGUGGCAUUGCUCCUGGCGUAAUGUUCAGCAGCGAGUGGAGCCUCGCGGCGGGGGAGUCUGGGGGCCCUCUGGUCUGGCGGGGGCCCCUGGGUGGCUGCCGUCGCACGGAUGCCUCGCUCUCAGUCUGCCUUUGGGGGCCCCCCUCCCCCUCCUGGACGGGGGAGCGGUCGAGGGAGCUUCGAGGGAAGGGGCCCCCGGUGCUCUGCGGGCUCUACCGCGUCUCCUGUGGGGGCCUCCCCUCACCCCAGCAAAUUCGCGCGCACUUUGCAGCUGCUGGCUGCCCCCUUGUAAAUGACGAGGCGUACAGCGAAAGCAGCAGCAGCCACACGCGCGAUGUCGAUAGCGGGGGAAACUCCACCGCCUCAGAAGAUCCCUAUGGCCAUCAAAUUUCAGGUGCUCAGCAGGAGGGGCCCCCACUAGCGGUAGAGCUAUGUGGGUCGCAUGCGGAUUCUGAGCCUUUCUACCCCACACUUUUCUCCGUGACUCUCGCUGAGGGAGUCAAUUUGCAACAAAAGACCCCUUGCGACACCCGAACAGCGGGCGUGAAACAGUCGUCACUUACAGCAGCCAGCAGCUCCAAAAAAAAGGAGGAUAGUGCUCGCUGCAGCACGCUAGGGUUGCAACUCUGCUGCUUGACGUUCCCGGACCCUCUAGGGCCCCGCAUGGGCCAAAGCUUUACGGUGUCUGUCGAGGGGCCCCCAGACUGGCCGCAGGAGUAG